GGCCCCUCCACGCUUCCUGUGUGGGGUUCAGAACCUCGCCUCCCCUCCCAGCCUUAGGUGCCUCCUUCGGAAAAUGAAGUAAUAAGCCGCCGGCCUCCGCCAUCUUAGGUAGAGCAAGGGUCCGUCCAGUGAGAGAAGGAUGCAGCCGGGGAGCCUCUGGAGAAUUCUGGGACUCUGUCUCUUAUUAGUUGGCUCUUGGGGGCAGGAAGAAGAUAUGGAGGAACCUUCUGGUUAUAAAGUCUCCAUCUCUGGAACUAUGGUAGUGCUGACAUGCCCUGAGGAGGUUGAUCCCAAAUCUACAAAAUGGGAAAAAAAUGGGAAAACAAUAGAAGGAGCUACUGAAACACAGUACAUUAUGCCUACAUUUUCAGAAGUGGAGGACAGUGGUUCUUAUACCUGCUUUUCAGACGAAUCGAAGAAGAACUCUCUCUACCUGAAAGCAAGAGUGUGUAAGAAUUGCAUAGAGGUGGAUCUGAGGGCGGUGGUCGCAAUCAUCGUCGCUGACAUCUGCAUCACUCUGGGCGUGCUGCUGCUGGUCUAUUACUGGAGCAAGAAUAGAAAGGCCAAUGCCACAGCCGUGAUGAGAGCAAAAGGUGCUGGCGGCAGGACUAGGGGACAAAACAAGGAGAAGCCACCACCUGUUCCCAAUCCGGACUAUGAGCCCAUCCGGAAAGGCCAGCAGGACCUGUAUUCUGGCCUGAAUCAGAGAGGCAUCUGACGGUCCUGAGGACACAGCCUCCUCCAGGCCCAGGUCUGGCUUCUCCAGGACCUGCUACUCCCUGUGCCCUGGGUAAUUCCUGGACCCCAGAAGAGAAUUGUUCCUCUGCCUUCUGGAGAACUCACACCGUGCACCCUUGUCCCCAGCUUCCUCCAUCCUCCCUCCUGUGCUGACAUGCAGUCCUAGACUAUCUCUGCCUCAUUAUCCUGUGAGAUAUCACGCGCUUGCACCCAGACUGCCCUCUGGUCCCGGUACUUAUUUCUGUCAUUCACCCUCACCAUCACCUGUUCCUUCCUACCCUGCGGGAGAUGUCCCUGCUCCUUCCCUUCCACCUUCCCUGGGCAGAACAUGGCCCCUGUCCCUAACUAUUCCGUCUACCUCUCUAUUUUUCCAGAUCUCUCUUUGGCACCCCUUUGUGGGGAUGGACUGGGUAACUCUGGCAGGGCUCUUGCCCCAUUCGCAGACCCUGGCCCAGAGCCAGCCCCUUACUUCCUACCCCAGGUCUUCCCUGCAGGCCCCUUCAUGAAUACGCUAGGCUCCCUGUCAGCUGAGAGAGAAAAGAAAUAAAGUGUAUUUGGGCUGAGAGAGUUGCUGUCCCUCUUCUGGGAUGCCCUCAGAGGCUGCCUUGUUUCCUCAUGUCCUCUGCCUCAGUUGCCCUGCUAUGAUCCCUCAAGCAAGUGCUACCUGUUUUCACAGCCAGAGGGGGCAUUAGCUCCCACUGUCUUUCGAGAGGGUGUUAGGGAAUAAAUAAAAAAAGAGAGAGAGAGAGACAAGGAGGGGGUGGAUGGUCCUCUGACUCACUUCUAUUGGAGAAAAACACCAAGGAUGGCAGAGAGUGACUGAUUGGUCUUCGAUGAGGUGGUCAGUUCAGAAAACAGAGGACAGAAGCCUUCAAAGGCAGGUGUGGGCGACGGAUGGGAGCUUGAAGGCUGUGGGGCGGGACCCGGAUUUCCACAAGCUGCUGCUGAGAGGAAGCGGGGCUGAGCCCCAGGCCAGGGGAGUGGGGAGGGGAGAGGGAGGGGCACUGCUCGACAGCCUCCCUCCCCCGCUGCCAAGCAGCAGCCUGCAGCCAGAAGGGGGCUGCGGUUUGGCACGGCCCGGAUGUGGGCUGCGGGAGCCGGUAGCAGGGCCCGGUUCCCACCCGGGACCCUGUGCUCCUGCAGCACAGAGUGGAGGCCAGAGCUGUGAGAAGCCCCAGAGGGCCCCCUUCUCCCUCUCUGCACCCAGAAACCUCCCCAGCUGACCACAGCGCUAUUUAUGCACGUGGCCUCCACGGAAAGGCCAUUCAUGGUUAGCAGCCUGCCACGUGCCAUGCAUGCUCAGCCUCAGGCUUUUGGCUACUGGUUUGCUGGCUCUGCUGGAGGGUGCUUCUGCCCUCCAGGCACUCAACACCGCAAGCUCACAAGCAGAUGGUGAUGUUACCCAUCACUAGCUGCUGACCAGCCGGCUGGCCCUCUUGUCCCACAUGCGCCUGACAAUGUUCCAGGAAGGGGAGGUAUGGCUCAGGGUGAGGAAAACAGUAACAGCUAAUGUCUAGUGAGCCCUGACAAGCCUCUAGAAAUCACCUCAGCAUUUUCCAUGUGUUAUCUCAUUUAAUCCUUACAACAGCUCCACAAAGUAGACAAGAGAGAUGUUGUCCUCAUUUUACAGGUGAGGCUACGGAGACUCAGAGAGGUUAAGUUAUUUGCCCAGGUUGCACAGCAAGUGAGGGAGGGAGCCGGAAUGAACAGCCAGGACUGUCCAACUCCAACAUUCUGAACAGCUACGUGGUGCCAGUGCCGACCAGGAUCAUUCUGGUUUCCUGGCUUACAAGUUCUGUAUUUAAUCACUUAGGCACUCCUUCUGCGAGUGCUUUUCUCAUGGCUCCUGUCUGUCGCAGACCAGCUCUGUGCUAAGAGCUCAGGGGAGACCAAA